AUGACCAAGCUUUAUACGUUAGCUGACAUCUGCAUGGUUCCUCUAGGUACCAGUGAUCCAAGUGUGUCAAGUUAUGUUGCGAAGAUCGAAAAGAGGAUUCUUGCUUCUGAUUUGAAAAGCACCGUACACUCCUUUGGAACAACCAUUGAAGGUCCAUGGGAUGAGGUUAUGGCUUUGAUCGGCGAGUUACAUGAGUACAGUCACGACGAGUUAGGUCAUAAAAGAAUUCACACUGAAAUAAGAUUAGGCACUAGAGUGGACAAAUCCCAGACUGCUGUUGAAAAGCUUGAAUCAUUAAAGGAUAAAAUGAAGCACAUUAUGGAUUAA